AUGACCACUAUCUCCUUUGAGCUGGUAACGCCGCCGAUCCCUUUCGAUAAGGCUUCGAUGCCUUCCACAAACACACGAAUUGCUACAUGCAGUUCAGAGCCGCAAGCUCGCCAUACCCGCCGGCCACAUUACGCCUGGCGACCCCCUUCGGCAACGCUUAGUUACCUUCCCUUCAACUCUCCCCCAGCGCAAGUCUUGACCAUAUCUGACCUUGCCCUCCCAGAAUCUUAUGAACUUGAUCAGCUUGUAUUCUCUCAGCUUUCGAAGCUUCCAGUCGGUACGCCGUGCCCCUCUUCUCGAUGCGCUGUCGCACAUCAGUUUCCUGACGCCUCUAGCCAGCCCGGAUGUGACUCACCUCAGCAAAAGUAUCGACACUUUAACUUUUCCAGGUAUGUAUCGGCAUCGCAUGUCGCUCGAGCUUUCAGACACCGUUUCCUGACGCGCCCAGCCAGCCCGGAUGACUCAGUCAACAGAACCUUCGACAGUUUAACCUUCCCACGGAUGUAUCCUUGCGCCUUCAGUGCCUUCCACAACGCCACGAUUUCCCCCAGCCAGUCGCGAUUAUCCUCUAACGACUUUAUGUUCUUCUUGUCGCCAUCAUUGAGCUUGCUAUCCUUCUUUGCGUUAAGCCUUUGCAGCUUCUGUACCUCUUUGCGAGCAAAGUCCGAACAGGGCAACCUCAACGCCUCCGAGGGUGCUGAAGUCGAUGGGGAAAUUGUGAAUGUAGUCUUGACCCUCUUGGCUCGUCGAAUCGCCGCCGACAACAGUUCGCUUUGCUGGUAG